AACAUCAUCCUUUUCGGAUCCACCGGAUGCGGGAAAAGCUCUAUCGUCAAUAUGUUACUUGGCCGAGAGGCUGCUCUCAUGUCUAGUGGUGCAUUAGGCUGUACCUUCGAAAACAAAUCUUACAGUGUUACAAUCGAGAGACAAGAAUAUCGUCUCUACGACACGACUGGUCUCGACGAGGGUACCGUUGGUACAGUUGUAUCCAAAGAUGCCCUCGUCAAGCUGUAUCACCUCCUACGCGAUUUACAGGGCGAUGGAAUCAGCCUCCUGGUCUUCUGUCUCCGUGCACCACGAAUUACCGAAAUUGCGCAGAAGAACUAUUUUAUCUUCUACGAAGUACUGUGCCAACGGAAGAUCCCCAUUGUCAUGAUUGUG